AGUCAACGCGGGACGAGCCAAGACUGCCCCCGGGGUCCGUCUCCGGGGACACCAACCUGGAGUCCACUGGGAAGUAGACUUUUCUGAAAUUAAACCUGGCAUGUAUGGAUACAAAUAUCUCUUAGUUUUUAUAGACACCUUCUCUGGAUGGGUAGAGAUCUACCCUACCAAACAUGAGACUGCAAAGGUGGUCACCAAGAAACUAUUAGAAGAAAUCUUUCCCCGAUAUGGGGUGCCUCAGGUAUUAGGAUCAGACAAUGGGCUGGCCUUUGUCUCCCAGGUAAGUCAGCAGGUGGCCAAGAUACUGGGAAUUGAUUGGAAAUUACACUGUGCAUAUAGACCCCAGAGCUCAGGUCAGGUAGAACCUAUGAAUAGAACAAUUAAGGAGGUCUUAUCUAAAUUAAUGCUAGCAGCUGGCUCAAAGGAUUGGGUGCAACUCCUACCCCUGGCUCUGUAUCGAGCCAGGAACACUCCAGGCCCCCACGGCCUUACCCCUUUUGAAAUUCUAUAUGGGGCUCCACCCCCAGCCAUCACUUUCUUUGAUUCUGAUAUUUCGGGCUAUGCUAAUUUCCCCUCUCUCCAAGCACACCUUCAGGCCCUGCAGAUCAUGCAGAAAGAAGUUUGGAAGCCCUUAGCAGCCGCAUACCAGGACGCAACAGUGCCUCACCAGUUCCAAAUCGGAGACUCAGUCUGGGUCCGGAGACACCAAACCAAAACCCUCGAGCCUCGCUGGAAGGGACCAUAUACGGUAAUCCUGACAACGCCUACAGCACUGAAAGUUGACGGUAUCACCACCUGGAUCCACGCAUCCCACGUGAAGGCUGCCCACCCGGACGCUUCCACGUCUCCUGCCCAGGCAUGGAGACUCCAAUGCUCUCAAAACGCCCUAAAGAUAAGACUUAUUUGAAAUUAGUUGUCUUGUUUGCCCUUUUGACUACCCCCAUCCUGUCGACCAGCCCCCAUACCCUAAAACAAUUAACCUGGCAGAUAGUCUCCCCAGCAGGAAAUGUCUUGUGGUCUCAGUCAGGGAACCAUGCCGUGGGAACUGGGUGGCCCUCGCUCACCCUGGACUUUUGCCAACUGGUGGCAGGGUCAGACUAUUGGGAUAUACCCGACUAUGAGGCAGACACAUUGCCAGAAAAACUAAGAUCAAACCCUGGCAAUAGAAGCGUGCAUGGCUAUGGUGUCCGGGGAGUCCGGAUACCAAUAGGGUGUGCCACCAUCGAGAAAAGGUGUAAACUGGGUCACCAAGACUUAAUUGUGCCCAAAGGAUGGGAGGGACUUCUACACGUCUCGUAAAUGUGGAUGCUAUGACCCUUACUUUUGCACCGCCUGGGGCUGUGAGACCACCGGCUGUGCAUACUGGAACCCCUCAUCUUCCUGGGACAAGGUCACCAUAUUAAAGGGCUGGGGGGAGAGACAUUGUUCAAACUGUUCUAGAGGACUCUGCCUUUGCCUUAACAUCACCUUUGCACCGAGUGGUAAAAAGGCUCCAGAAUGGAUCAGGGGAUAUACUUGGGGGCUCCGCUGGUACAUAGAAGGAGAAGAUCAGGGGGGGUGGUUAACUUUAAAAUACAACUUAGAGUACAACAGGCCUCCCAACCAAUCGGUCCCAACCAAGUCCUGGCGGAGCAGAGGCCGGCAUCCUCCUCCGGUUUCAUACCAACCCCCCUGCCAGUGGGUAACUCAGAGCUGAAAUAACCACACCAACCUCGCCCCCUGACCAGUCCCAGGAUACCCAGUCCCAGGAAGACUUCCUGGGGACAGGGGAUAGACUUAUUAACUUAGUAAAAUGAGCCCACCAGGCCCUUAACUCCUCAGACCCCGAUCGAGCUAGAGACUGUUGGCUAUGCCUCAGCAUAGCCCCCCCCUACUAUGAGGGAAUUGCUGUUUCAGGAAAUUUCUCUAAUUAUACCAGAGCCCCGGAAUCGUGUUUGGUACUGCCUCACCACAAGCUAACUUUACCCGACGUUUCUGGGCAAGGCACAUGUUUAGGUCAGGUUCCUAGGUCGCACCAGCCGCUCUGCAAUCGAACCGUCCAGACUCUGUCAGCAGGGAUCUACUAUCUGGCUGCCCCAAAUGGUAUGUACUGGGCCUGUAACACAGGUCUCACCCCCUGUAUAUCGGCCCAAGUGUGGAACCAAACCUCAGAGCUCUGUGUGUUGAUCCAGCUGUGGCCCAGGAUCACCUAUCAUAGUUCACAGACCGUUUAUGAGUUCUUCGAAGACACCCCUAGAAGGCAGAGGUAGGAGCCAGUAACCAUGACUCUCGCAAUCCUCCUGGGAGUCGGGGACAUUGGGGCAGGGAUAGGCACUGGAACUCAUGCCAUGAUACAGACAGGGAGAUUCCAAGCCUUGCAUGACGCCAUGCAUGCAGACCUAAAAGCGGUUGAAAAGACAAUCACUGCCCUCGAAAGAUCCCUGACCUCUCUAUCUGAAGUUGUUUUACAAAAUAGACGGGGAUUAGAUUUACUCUUUUUAAAGGAGGGCGGAUUAUGUGCGGCCCUUAAAGAAGAAUGUUGCUUUUAUGCAGACCAGACAGGGAUAGUAAGAGAGACAAUGGCUAAGCUAAGAGAGAGGCUGGCCCUGUGAGAAAGAGAGUUUAGUUCACAACAAGGCUGGUUUGAAGGAUAGUAUAACAGAUCACCCUGGUAUGUUACCUUACUUUCUACUCUUAUGGGACCUCUAGUUAUACUGGUAAUCAUUCUAAAAUUUAGUGCCUGUAUCCUUAACCGGCUGGUUCGGUUUAUCAAGGAAAGGCUGUCCGUCAUCCAGACCUUGGUCCUAACUCAUCUGUAGGCUUCAAUGGACGCUGUAACGAUACGCGACACAAAAUUACUGACAGUAAAGCUAAGUAU